AGCUGUUUGGAAUUCUCGUCAUUGAAUUGUCGAUCUCGCCCUGGCCGAUCGCGCCUAAAUCAAUCGCAUUUCUGAACCUGCUCCAGGAAAGUACCGUCGAGGCCUGAAAAAUGCCAACCCUCUUCCGCAGAUACGAUGAGACGCUUGCGAGAGAAGAGUACAUGCAGCACUUGAAGAAUGUUGCAGCCACGCAGGACCUUUCCCAAGACACCAGGCAACGAUCCCUGGGCUUGACGAUAGGCUUCACCGUCUUUGCCACCGUCGUCGUCGCCAUGCGCUUCUUGGCCCGGAGGAGGCAAGGGGCGGCAAUCAUGGUGGACGACUGGCUGACUGUGGUUUGUCUAUUGUUGCUGUAUGGCAACAUGGCCAUUAAUAUUGCCCUCAUCAACAUUGGCGUGGGUUUGCACACGGGGUCUCUGACCUACGACCAGCUGGCCGCCAUGAACAAGGCGCUCAUCGGCGCAGAGAUCCUGUACUUUACAGGCGUCAACAUGUUCAAGAUUGCCCUGCUGUUUCUAUUUUUCCGCAUCUUCCCGACCCCGACGGUUCGAAAGUACGGCUUCAUCCUCGGCGGCAUCUCGACGGGGUGGAACGUCGCGUGCACCUUUUGCGCCAUAUUCCAGUGCCUGCCGCAGGAGAAGCUGUGGAAGCCGUGGCUGCAGGGGGGCUGCAUCGACCUGUUCCUGACGCAGCUGUGCGUCAGCGUGCCCGUGAUCCUCCUGGACAUUUGCAUCCUCCUGCUCCCGCUGCCCCAGGUCUGGCGGCUCAACAUGAACAGGACGCAGAGGGUGUUUUUGACCAUCAUCUUCCUGCUCGACACGCUCGGGGAUGGCAUCGCUUGGAACAUCAUCGAGAUCAGCAGCGGCAUCAUAUCCGGCUGUCUGCCCACCCUUGGGCCCCUGAUACGGCCCAUCUUCAAAGGCCUGACGAGCAUUACGACCAUGAAGUCCAAGUACGGCAGGCCAUCAAACGCCGGGUACUCCAAGGAUGCCCGUUGCAACACCGACGUCGCCACCGGAGGCCACGGCGGUGGCAGUCGUCACACCAGAAACCAGAGCAGCUUCGGCCUGACCGCGUCGUCGUCCAACGCCCACUUUGGGUCUGGAGAAAUGUUUUCAGGGGCGCCGGCGGACGACCAUCUGGAGCUCGACGCGAUCAGCUCACACACCAGAGGUGCCAGUGGGGACGAGUACCAUGGAAGCCUGGAUUUUGGCAUCUCCGAGGAAAAUAGUAGAAAGGACUCCCAGAUCGACUGGGUUAUUCAUGAGAUAGACGAGGGUGGGACUAGCGAGAGUCAUCAAACCACCACAAAGUGACAAGCCGCGCCAUAGCAUGCGUCUUGUUCUUGCUUGACGAUGAUGAGUAAUUGUAACAUUAUAUAAACGAUUUAUGGCCUAGUUUUGCUAAAGGAGCAGUGACCGUCCUUGGUUUCCCC